UUCCUUACGAUCCAGGACUUCAAGAUGACAGGAAGAGAGUUUCUUGAACUAGAUUCUCUGCAGCACAGACUAUAUUUGGAAAGACUUAAGCGGAUGGAAGUCAUGCAAAAGACACUCAAUGAGCUUCCCAAAGCAGAUCAAAACCUUUGUAAUCAUGGAUCGUACUUCCUUGCAGCAAAUUCAAGCUUAUGCGGCUUAGCAGCAAAUAACUUCUUCAGGAACAUCCUACACGUCAGAAAGGCUUCCUUGGUGUCUGCUUUGCCAAUGGCUGUCAUUCCGUUUCUUUCAACAGCAGCAAUUUAUGAAGUUUUUGUGCGUGAGCCUUUAUUUUCAGGUGAGCUGAACUGCGAGGUGUGUGCUGUGAUCAGAGGAGGAUUGAUCGGGGCUGUUGUGGGUGGUUUCUAUCCUGUUAUCCUGGCUCUCCCCGUGAACGCAAGCCUUGCAGCCAGGUAUUCUUCAUCUCCCUUGCCAGGGAAAGAAAAUCUAUUACGCUUCUGGCUCACAACUGCUCAGCCUAUCUUUAGAAAAAUGAGUUUGGGUGUAGUUAUACAGGCUCUAACUGGAUUAUAUCUUGCCACUAAACAUCAUGGAAUAUAUGUCAAAAUACUGGAGCGGAUGAACAGGAGGGAUCCUGAAGAGUUACGAGACUGAAGUUAAGCAACUUUUCAAUUGCCUUGGAUAAGUAACCAGAAUAAACAA